CGCUGGGGCCGCGAUCCGCGCGCCGCCUCGCGCGCUCCUCUCCCUCCCUCUCCCUCCCUCUCCCUCCCCUCUCUCCCUCUCUCCCUCUCUCUCUCUCUCUCUCUCUCUCUCUCUCUCUCUCCCUCUCCCUCUCUCUCCCUCUCUCUCCCCCCCUCUCUCUCUCCCCCUCUCCCCACUUCCCCUCUCCCCCUCUCUCGCCUCUCCGCGCCUCUGGCUCUCCGCCUGGCUCCCUCGGCCGCGGCCCAUGGAGCCCGCCGGCCCGGCCCCCGGCCGCCUCGGGCCGCUGCUCUGCCUCCUGUUCGCCGCGUCCUGCGCCUGGACAGGUGUGGCCGGUGAGGCAGAGCUGCAGGUGAUCCAGCCUGAGAAGUCAGUGUCUGUCGCGGCUGGAGAGACCGCCACUCUGCACUGCACCCUGACCUCCCUGAUCCCCGUUGGGAAGGUUGAGUGGUUCAGGGGGACAGGGCCAGGCCGGGAGUUGAUCUUCCAUUUCAAAGGAGGCCACUUCCCCCGAGUAACAAAUGUUUCAGACUCUACAAAGAGGAACAACAUGGAUUUUUCCAUCCGCAUCAGUAACAUCACCCCAGCAGACACGGGAACCUACUACUGUGUGAAGUUCCAGAAAGGAAACCCCGAUGUGGAGUUGAAGUCUGGACCAGGCACCCUGGUCACUGUGAGCGCCAAACCCUCUCCCCCCAUGGUGUCCGGCCCCACGGCCAGGGCCACGCCUCAGCAGACAGUGAACUUCACCUGCAAGUCGCAUGGCUUCUCCCCCAGAAACAUCACCCUGAGAUGGUUCAAAAACGGGAAUGAACUGACAGCCUCUCAGACCACUGUGUACCCAGAGGAAGACAACGCUUCCUACAGCAUCUCUAGCACAACCAAGCUGGUGCUGGCCCCGGGGGACGUUCGCUCCCAGGUCAUCUGCGAGGUGGCCCACGUGACCCUGAAGGGGGGCCCUCCUCUUCGUGGGACUGCCAACUUGUCUGAGACCCUUCGAGUUCCGCCCACCUUGGAGGUUUCCCAGCACCCCAUGGCAGGGGACCAGGUGAAUGUCACUUGCCAAGUGAAGAAGUUCUACCCUCAGCGCCUACAGCUGACCUGGUUGGAGAAUGGAAACGUGUCCCGAACAGAAACUCCCUCAGUGGCCUCCAACCUCCUAGAGAACAAGGAUGGGACCUUUAACUGGACGAGCUGGCUCCUGGUGAAUUCAUCCACCCACAGGGAAGAUGUGGUGUUCACCUGCCAGGUGCAGCAUGACGGGCAGCCUGCAGUCACCAAAAACCAUACCCUUGUGGCCUCUGCCCGCCAGAAGGACCAGGAAACACUUAAACCCCAGGACGAUAAUGACAGCCGGAGUAUCUUCAUUGUGGUGGGCGUGGUUUGUGCCUUGCUGGUGGCUCUGCUGAUCGCAGCCCUCUACCUCCUCCGAAUCCGACAGAAGAAAGCCAAGGGCUCCACUUCUUCUACAAGGUUGCAUGAGCCCGAGAAGAACACCAGAGAAAUAACCCAGGUACAGUCCUUGAUCCAGGACAACAAUGACAUCACGUAUGCAGACUUGAACCUGCCCAAGGGGAAGAAGUCUGCCCCCCGGGCCGCCGAGCCCAACAACCACACAGAGUAUGCCAGCAUUCAGACUGGCCCGCCGCCCGCGCCCGAGGACACCCUCACCUACGCCGACCUGGACAUGGUCCACCUCAACCGGGCUCCCAAGCAGACGGCCCCCAAGCCCGAGCCAUCCUACUCGGAGUACGCCAGCGUCCAGGUCCAGAGGAAGUGAAUAGGACCAUGGUCGUCUCUAGGGUCUGUCCUCAUGAGCCUUCCUGUCCCAUGUGGGACAGCCGUGAUGGGGACAGCCAGCCCAGUUCCCAGAGGGCCGGGAUGGUGCAGGCCCUGGGACCCCAGGAUGAGGCUGGCUCUUGUUUCCCCGACCCGCCUGGCUCUCCAGCAUUUCCAGGGCAGCCACAGUCCCCCCACAUGGCCACACAUGGAGGCCAAUGUUGCCAGACCCGCCGGGGGACCGACCUGGGAACUGGCCAGAGCUGCUGGGGGUCCGGGAAUCCUCAUGCCUGUCUCCAUCAACAUGUGGGUCUUGGUCAUGGUCUUGGAGAACCUGACCUCGCCCUUAAUGCUCUGCAGCCUGAUCUUCCGGGAUGAGGAGGGAGAGAACCCCACCUCCUUUCACUACCACCCAACUGAGGCUUGGGGAAAAUUUUCCCUGUAGAUCGAACUGCCCCAUCCAUGGAGAAGCUGGAAAAAAAAAAUUUAAAUUUAAAAAAAAACCUCUGGGACCCGCAUCCCAAGACUUGGUGAGAUUGCUGCCAAUAGUCCUAGCCUCCCCAUCCCUGGACUACUGAGGCACAAGCCCUGGGGGAGGGGAGGAUCCUCCAAGGAACUCCCACACAACCACCACCACCACCACCAAGGACUGAGUAACAAAGCCCUUCUCCUCCUGGUGGCCCUCCGAGACUCCUUGAGGACCCAUCAUCCCAACCGUGACGCUCCACGUGGCCCCUCCUCUCCUUUCUAGACCUGAGCUUGCUUCCUCCAGCUCGCACUAACUCAGCAACAUCUCGCUGUGGACGCCUGUAAAUUAUUGAGAAAUGUGAAAUGUGCAAUCUUGAAACUGAGGUGUUAGAAAAUUUGAUCUGUGGUGUUUUGUUUUGUUUUGUUUUUUUUCUUAAAAUGACAGCAACGUUAUCUUGGCUCUUUGUCAUGUGUUGAAGUACCUGGUUGGGUCUUGUGCGGUCUAAGGUUUACCAGUUGAUUGUCCUGGAGGGAUCUUCUUACAGCAGAAACCAAGUCCCUCCCCGUCCCAGACCCUGAGGAUGGGGCAGGAAGGUCGUGGUGUGGCUGCUCCAUGGAGGUGCUUAGCCUUCUUUCUCCAGGACAAAACUGGCCAUGUCCUCAGCUGAGCCACGUGGCUGAAACUGCUGCCUUCCGUGCCCCCAGUGUGCUAAGUCCAAGCCUGCCCACUACUUCUCCAGGCUGCAUCCUUCACAGGGCAGUCUUGUCGAACACUGAGGCCUCAGUCUUCUCAUCCAGAAAGAGGAGAAAGAUGCCCCCAUCCCACCCCACCCCCGCUCCCUGCCAUCUCACAAGUGCUGGAUGCCGUGCAGGGGAGGGAAGCUCUGCCUGGCUGUUGUUCCCACCCUUUAGUGACUGCUCCCAUUCCAGCUCACUGAGCUGAUCCCUGUAGGAGGAAUCUUCUGUUUCUGCUCUCAUAUCCUUUCGAGAUCAAACUGGAAUAAAUCCAAGACAGGCAGGAGGUUGGGCAGAUGCUGCGACCUCUUACCCCUGACGCCCACCCUUCCAAUGGGGUGAAGGGGGCCUGGCUGGUCCCAGGGCCAGCAUGUGUUGCACGCCCUGUUUAUUCAGUCUUCACGUAUCACCGACCUACUGUUGGAGCUGAGAGGUUCAUAUUCUCUGCCCCCUGGGUCCUGCCAUUUGAUGCCCCAGGGACUCCAGGCCAUCAGAGCGAGAGGCUGAGCCAUCUUGUCCAUCAGCAGGUCCUACGCAUGGAACACCGGGAGCUCUACUCAGACCCAGUUCUCUGGGGACGGCGAUUUGGCGUUUUACAUGAUGGCAUCCAGGAAUUGGCUGAGCCAACAGGCCAUGUGGGCAGCUUUGGCCCAGUGAGCCAGAGUUUCUCUGUGGCAUCUGGGAGCACAGUGGUGCAGCCACCUGGCUCAAGCUAUUUCCAAAUUCCAAAAGGAUGGCUUGUAAACCUUAGUCUCCCUCUCUUCUGCCCAGAGAAGGCACAUGUGCUUGAGCGUGCACACGUGUGCACACAUGCACACAUGCACACACACACACACACACACACACACAAAUGGAAUUUUAAGAGAAUGUUUUCUUGGUGCCAUUUUAAUUUAAUUUUAUUUUGAAUUUUGGAAGGGGAGUAAGGGAAUGAGGCCAAGGAAGUUGUGCAGCUUUUAGCUCCGGCCUGGCAGCCUGGAGAUUCCCAUACCUUGUGUAUCGAACCCCAGGAAAAGGAAGAGGUCGAAACAACACUGCGGAAGGAGCGUGGUUUCGGGAGUUUAUUUUAAGACUGCUAGGAAGGAAACAGGCCCCAUUUUGUAUAUAGUUGCAACUUAAACUUUUUGGCUUGCAAAAUAUUUUUGUAAUAAAGAUUUCUGGGUAACAACAA